CGCAAUCAAUUGGUAAGCGUGUUACAAAAUGUGCUCGUUCUGAAAGCCGGACUUUAACUGUCAUAAAGUCUAGAGAGCAUUAAUAACUCAAUGGCGCGUGUUUUAUAGCUUUAUUUAGUAUGCUGAUUGUUUGUUCACCUGCUGAGCACUAAGUCACGGUUUGACUUCAACAGAUUGUCUAUAGUACGGAAUAACUUUACUCUCUUUAACUUUGGCGACCACUUACUCUUAGUGUUAGUUGUUUGAAAUAAGGAUGGCUGUGUCUAAAUCUAAAUUAGCGAUAGGGCUUCUAGUUCUGGGAAGCUUGGGAGUGCUGUUCGGGACUGUCCUGGUGUUUGUCGGACCUAUUAUAAUAGACGACCAAAUAGUCAAGAAUGUUGAGAUCAAUCCGAAGAACGACCUCACCUACACUAUGUGGAAGGACAUCCCGGUCCCCUUUUUCAUGUCUAUAUAUUUGUAUCAUGUUGUCAACCCUGAAGAAAUCCUAAACGGAGAGAUGCCUAUGGUUGAACAGAGAGGGCCGUAUGUUUAUAGUGAAAAACGCUGGAAGGACAAUAUCACAUUCCACGACAACAACACUGUGUCUUAUCUAGAAUAUCGACAAUAUUUCUUUGAGGAAAGUAUGUCUGUGGGGGAUGAAUCCGAUGUGGUCACCAUCCCAAACAUGCUAGUACUGGGUGCAGCAGCCAUGUUGGAGGAUAAGCCAUACGUUUUGCGAGUAUUGGUCAGCACCACCUUCAAGUCCUUUAAUGAGGGUGCUUUCUUGACUAAACCAGUGGGAGAACUCCUGUGGGGCUACGAGAGCAAGUUGGUGGACUUCCUAAACCAAUAUCUCCCUGGAAUGCUGCCGUCCAGUGGGAAAUUUGGCCUGUUUUCUGAAUUUAACAACUCCAACACUGGACAAUUCACUGUCUUCACUGGCCAAGAUGACAUCAGGAAAGUUCAUAUGGUGGAUUAUUGGAAUGGCCUGAAAAAUUUGAGUUACUGGAACUCUGACCAGUGUAACAUGAUCAAUGGUACAGCGGGACAAAUGUGGCCUCCGUUCAUGACAAAAGAGUCCACACUUCCCUUCUACAGCCCUGAUGCCUGCAGGUCCAUGGAGCUGGUGUACCAAAGGUCCCUUGUAUCGCGUGGGAUUCCUGUAUACCGUUACGUGGCCCCAAAGACACUCUUCGCCAACGGUGAAGAUUAUCCCCCCAACGAGGGCUUUUGUCCAUGCAGACAGUCAGGCCUUCUCAAUGUCAGCACCUGCAGACAUGAUUCCCCCGUGUUCAUCUCCCAUCCUCAUUUCUACAAUGCUGAUCCAGUUCUUUUGGACACUGUGAUUGGACUGCACCCUAAUGAGGAGGAACAUGAGCUUUUCAUUGACGUCCACCCGGAGACUGGAGUGCCGAUUAAUGUGUCCAUUCGACUGCAGCUCAACCUGCUCAUGAAGCGUGUAUCGGGCAUCUCAGAGACAGGAAAUAUAACGGAGGUGGUGAUGCCCAUGAUCUGGUUUGAAGAGAGCGGAUACAUUGAUGGUCCUAUCCUGAACACAUUCCGCACCAGUCUGGUGGUGUUGCCCAUGGUAAUGGAGUGCAUGCAGUAUAUUUUCAUUGGACUUGGGCUUGCAAUCAUUUUGGGAGCCGUGUUGUUGUUCUUCAGUGACAAGAUAAAAAGCCAGAUGGGUGUCCGGCUUUGCCCAGAUGUGGCUCCAGCCAGCUCAACCAGUGAAGAUGCGCCAUUGCUACAGGGCACCAAUGACUAGAGUGGACAUCCACACUAUAAAGCUUACUUCAUUAUACACACAGUACCUCACAAGCCCCUGGGUAAUAAAUAAGUUGUUUUACUAAGUAUUUGGUUGAUGAAUGAACUGGAUGGUAACCAGUAGAGACUAGGUAUCAUUAUGAAGGGGAUUUGGUGUAGAAUAUAAACUCUGUGGUGAUAUCUGCACUGUGGUUUGGUCUUAAGUGCUACAUGCUGUCAGUACUGGAAUGUUUGUCGGCAAAAGUUACCAGAUCUGUGUUCUGAUUAUAUUAAGGUCUUUGUAUAUUUCAGCAUUUAAUUUUUACUAUCUGACACUUCACUUUUAAUGGAAUGCAAUAUAGUAGACACUGUAUUUGAAAUGGUGCAUCCACACAAAAUUAAACUCUGGCAAAAUUCUCCAGCGGAUGGAUUCAAAUGGCAGGAAACAUCACGAAAAUUAACUUUGUCUGAGAUAUUUGAAAUUGACCAUGAUCCUGUAAAUAAGGAAGUGCUGUGACGUGUGCCAUUUGUCUGAAAUGUCCUUCGAAAGCAGAAAACAUGCGGAGCUAACGUGCUCGUUUCUCUAUGAAUUUGCCUCUUUCAAGUGUUUACAAAUUCUCUCUGUAAAGGCACUUUUAUGUAAUUAAUGUGAAAUAUUCUUUGUGUCUUGAUAAUUGUUAAAUGUUAAUAUUGCCUUCACCAAAAUGAGAUAUAUAUAUAAAAUAAAAAAUGUUA